UUUUUAUAAUUUUCACUUCUUCCAUGUGGUCCAAGUCCUCACUGCAGCUUCGUCGCUACUUCCUUUUCUUGUUCUUCUUCCUCUCUCUCUCUAAACUCUCAUCCUUCGUCACCGUUCGAAGACUUCUGGUUGAGCUUUUCCGUCUGCAUGUGACCGAAUAAGGGAUGUGGUUGUGAGCAUCUUAAAUUUCAAAUUGGGGAAAGAUGGUUUCAGAAUCUUGGUUUCGCAGCCUUUGGAAGCCUCCAAGGAAGCGUGAUUCCACGCAGAAGGUUGUUAUUGGAGUAUUAGCUUUUGAAAUUGCUAGCUUGAUGUCCAAGUUGGUUCAUCUAUGGCAGUCUUUGAGCGACAAGCAAGUCGGGAGAUUGAGGGAAGAGAUAAACAAUUCGUUGGGCCUAAAGAAGCUUGUGUCGGAUGACGAUGAAUAUAUUGUACGUCUAAUAUGUGCAGAGAUGACAGAGAGUUUAGCUCAUGUGGCCAAAUCUGUUGCCAGGCUUGGAAAGAAAUGCAGUGAUCCUAGUUUAAAAAAUUUCGAGCAUGUUUUUGAUGCUUUAAUUCAAAUAGGUGCCGAUCCGUAUGGUUGGAUAUACUCAUGGAAGAAGAUGGAAAAGAAAGUGAAGAAGAUGGAAACCUUUAUUUCAGUCAAUGCAAAUUUGUAUCAGGAGAUGGAAAUGCUUGCAGAUCUUGAGCAAACUUUAAGGAGGAUGAAGGUUAAUGACGACUCGGAUGUUAUAAACCUUGUUGAGUUUCAAAAGAAGGUUGCAUGGAAGCAGCAGGAGGUGAAAAAUUUGCGAGAGAUGUCACUUUGGAAAAGGACCUAUGAUUAUACAAUCCUUCAUCUAGCUAGAUCCCUAUUCACCAUAUUCAGUAGGAUCAAACAUGUAUUUGAAAUUGAGCAGAGUGUGGAUACUGACGGAUCAAAUGAUUCACGAGAUAUGAAUUCUGACUAUAUAGCACGUAGUCAAUCAGUGUCUUCGUUAAUGCAAUCCAUGGUGCAUCCCUCUGAGAAUGGUCUUACUAAAUUUGCUUCGGGUCCCCUUAAGAGGUUUACAACUAAAUCAGGGCCAAUUUCGAAAACAACUAAACCCAAUAAUUUUUAUUCAGGUCCUCUUGGUGGCUCUAUUACGAAGUCUGGUCCUAUUUCAGGCCCUGGUUCUGGAACCAAUAGAAAUUUCAACUCUUAUUCAGGUCCUCUCACAAGUUCAGCAAUAAGAUCAGGUCCAAUUUCUGGAAUUGACAAUAAAACCCAUCAGAAGAAUUGGCUUGUCGGUGGCUACUCUUCACUAUUUAAUGGGAAGAAAUCUCAUCAGAAGCCAAACAGACUGACUCAAGUUGGACCUUUUAAAGGAUGCAUGAUAUCUGGCCCUAGUUCUAUGGUUGCCAAUUGCCACAUUAGUUCUAAUGGGUAUCAUUCUCAGCUUAUCAGUGGAGCCAAAGAUACUGGAAUGACUGUUGAUCAUUGCGAUCGAGCCAAUCCUUGCAAACAGUUGCUCAGCACCAAGCGCCGAUUGUUGGAUGCCCCACCUGAGACUCUUGGCGGUGCUGCUUUGGCACUGCACUAUGCAAAUGUCAUUAUUGUAAUUGAGAAGCUUGCUGCAUCUCCUCAUUUGAUUGGCCUGGAUGCUAGGGAUGAUCUAUACAAUAUGCUGCCAGCUAAAGUUCGAGCUAACCUUAGGGCAGCCCUAAAGCCAUAUGCUAAAAGCUUGGCUUCAUCUACGUAUGACACAGGUCUUGCAGGAGAGUGGAACGAGGCAAUAACUGGAAUAUUGGAGUGGCUUGCUCCACUGGCUCAUAACAUGGUUAGAUGGCAAUCUGAACGUAGUUUUGAACAACAGAAUUUUGUUUCCAGGACCAAUAUGCUUCUUGUACAAACUCUUUUCUUUGCAAAUCAAGAAAAGACCGAAGCAGUCAUUACUGAACUUCUUGUUGGUCUGAAUUACCUAUGGAAGUUUGGUAGAGAACUCAAUGCAAAAGCUCUCAAUGAGUGUGCCAGCAGUAGAAUACAUGAUGAAUAUUUGGAUAUUGUUGGGUAACAUUAUUUUCUAUUCUAUUGGUUCUGCCCAACUGAAUUGCAGCAUAGUCGUCCAACGACAGGAGGCCUCCUCAGCUCUACAAGACCGAUAUCGACCAAUUGGAAACGGCACGAUGGAGAGAGAGAGAGAGAGCUGUCGCUACUCAGUUGCAUUAUCAAUACUCCAAUACCAGAAGUCAAUAUUGACGAGUUAGGUUUGAACUUUUCAACAUUCUUUCUCUUAUAGAGUGAUUAUUCAGAUUGUGCAAAUGGGCUCUACUCCCAUCCUCGUAAUAGUAUGGUUUGUCACUAUUAAGUUGUCAUUACUUGAAAGUUGUAUAUGUAUCAGUAAUACGUUCUCCAGAUAUGUAAAAUAUCUACUAUAUAGGCUUGCCAUUACAUACAGAAAAUCGCUCGAGACCGAGCUUGUUGCAUCUAAGUAGAAUUCAUCACAACUUGCUAUGGUCCUGUUCAUUUUCUUUUCAACGUAUGGUUGUAAAUUUUCUGAUUUGGUCUUAAAUAGUUACAUCCUGCCUUGCCAUUUAUCAGGAAC